GCGGUCCGGGGCCCCCCCUGUGUGUGUGUGUGUGCUACACGUGUGCGGGUGGCGUGGGGCGUUGUUGUUACCACCACUGAGCACCAGCACCAAGCCAGCAAGCACCACCGUACCUACAGCCUUAAGGGCGACCGCAGCAGAAGCAGCGGGCGAUAUUUGAAGUUACAGUCGCUCAAUUGUUAUUAAUUUCCCCUACAACGAGCACAACGCAAAUAAAUGGACGUGAGCGCUCGCGACUCGUCGUUCGCGAACAAUAGCAGCGGCAUCGGCGGUAACAACGCGGAGAACAACAGCUGGACGAAGAAGAGGAACGCGUUGAACGAUGACCACCGCCGCGGUGGCGGUGGCGGCGACGACGACGCGAGCGACGAAGCGUCGUUGAAGCAGAUGAAGCUCUGCGUCGAUGACCUGGGCCGCCAGCUCAAAGUUCUGCGGCUCAACGAUCAAAUACGCGAGCUGCAGACCAUCAUUCGCGACAAGUCGACCAGCAGAGGGGACUUUGUGUUCAGUGCCGACCGGCUGAUUCGCUUGGUCGUGGAAGAGGGCCUCAACCAACUCCCGUACAGCGACUGCACGGUGACCACCCCGACAGGUCACAAGUACGAAGGCGUAAAGUUUGAGAAGGGCAACUGUGGCGUGAGCAUCAUGCGGAGCGGAGAAGCCAUGGAACAGGGCCUCAGGGACUGCUGCCGCUCAAUCCGCAUUGGCAAGAUCCUCAUCCAGAGCGACGAGGAUACGCAGAAGGCUAAAGUGUACUACGCCAAAUUCCCGCCGGACAUCGCGCGCCGGAAAGUGCUGCUCAUGUACCCCAUCCUCAGCACUGGCAACACGGUGAUUGAGGCGGUCAAGGUGCUCAUCGAGCACGGGGUGCCCACAAAGCACAUCUUCCUCCUGAGCCUCUUCUCCACGCCACACGGAGCGAAGUCGAUCAUUCAGGAGUUUCCGGACAUCACGGUGCUCACCACGGAAGUGCACCCCAUCGCCCCGACUCACUUUGGGAAGAAAUAUUUUGGGACCGACUGAGUUGGGGAAGAGAUGGAGAUGGAGAGAGAGAGAGAGAGGAGAGUGAGACUCCCCUCAUGGCUGCAUGUGGUGGCUAUGCGCAUUUUCGUGACGUUUUGUUUUAUUAUUUAACAUUUUCACAUGAACUACAGGGUGAUCCGUUUAUAGAGGCCCCACCUGUUGUGGCGAGACAUUCUUCCCAUUCCUCAGUCUUUGAUGUGCGUUCAUUUAUGUUUUUUAAUUCGAACCCGCGUCAUAGAAUAUUUUGAUUUGAUUUGUUCAUCGCUUUCCUUUGCAGUGGCACACUCCCCAUGCGUCUCCUGCAAUAGACGUUGUGCGUGGGGCGGUGUGUGUGGGGAGUGGUCGUGUAGCGUCGGCACGCUGCACUGCAAACGCGGCGACCAGAGUUUGAUUUCCGCUCGUGGACAACACCAGUGACGAUUAUCUAAACUGGUCCUGGGCCCUCCCUAUAUUGACUCGGCCUCAAAUGAGUAACUGGUGCAGUGUAUCAACAUCGCCACUAGGGAGACAAAGGCGUUUGGGUGUGGUGUUGCCCACCCAGCCGCCCGUUUGCUAUGCUGGCCCUCAUAGGUGCUACUCGCUAACAGCACUUGUCUCAACAGUCUGUUAAGGCUAUGUGGGGGAUCUUUGUCUUAAGGGGGUGUGUGAGAACCACAGAACCGUGAAUCUCCACCCAUGUUUCACUUCUCUGUUCCUCUGUAACAUAUGGAGCCAUUACUACCACAAAAUUCAGUCGAGACAUCAACUCGUUCAUACAUUUGACAGUCGUGCCAUUCGCCUAUAGCGCAAAGCUAUCACCAACAGAUAGUUGGCAGUAGUUUGUGACCAACAAUUUGUCCAAAUUAUGUAGUGGGAAGAGACCGGAGCACAGAGAAAACCCACACAUGCAAGGGGGAAACGCUCUAUCCCAUGCAAACGGAACAUGUGGCGUACAAAUUUGCUGUACCACCUCCUGGCCAGCCUGGGAAUGGGCGCCACCUCGACACCCACGGGAAGGGAGUUUCAUAUUGUGUGCGCACGAACCACAAAACCAUUGCCCCGUGACGUUAGUUAUGAAUGGAUCGCCCCGUAUCCUCCAAAGGUUCUUAAUGAGUUUGGUGGAAGGCACAGGAGACUGAUGCGCUGUGUGCCAGCAUUUGAGCCAGGCACUCGCGUGUAGGUAACGCUCCACCCUUGAACCGGUCAUCUGUGACUACCACCCUGCAACAUAAACUGCCAUUGUAGAAAUUAGUUUUGGAAAUGAUUUUGCUCAGUUUAUAUGUUUAUUAACAUUUUAUUUUUAUUCGUAAAUAUUUUGAAGGUCGUAUAUAUCUAUAUUUCUUUUGACUGGCUCUGCAGCGCCUUGAAACUAAAAACUGAUUUGAUGCAAACGUCAAGCCCCGCACUCCCACCGAUAAUAUAAUCCAACCAAGUGGAUUAAUCUCUCGGAAAGGUUUGUUUGUGUUGUGCUCUCGACCGACUACGACUGCCCUGCUACUCUUUGGGGUUUACUGCCCAGAUGCUGUUUUGCCACACCGUAGGAGUUUGCGAGGCUUGUACAGAUGCCGCUGCUGGUUGAGGAUUGCAAUAGUGAGCACAAGUGGGGGAGGUUACAGGGCAAGUAGUCUUUGCGUCUCGGGGGGGGGGCGGGGGCGGGGAGAGUGUGACACCCAAGUGUCAAACUCGAGCCAGUGUGUCUUAACGCCACUUUUUUCCCCAACCACUGGCGCAUCCGAGCAGAGCCAGCGCAGCUCAGGCGGGUUUUUUUUUUCCCCUUGCUGCAUAUUUGCCAAGCAGACACCAAGGCUUGCUAGCGAUGGCCACACGAGAAGACGUCCGAAUCUAGCUGGUGGCCAAGCAGUUCCCUGGUAGCGGGACUCGUGCGACGUCGGUGCAAACGCGCCAUGAGGGAUGUAGCAUCGCGGUGGCGUCUGCACGCGUCGCGAGCUCAUUCGUCGCUUACGACAACGACGAUGUCAGCGGCACGGCUCUGCCGUGGAAAAACAACCUGAGCCAUGCUCGGCUGGCUUGGCACGGUGACAGUGGUCGUGGAAAAGUCGCAACUUUGUCUUCAAACCAGCAAAAUGGGAUACUGUACUGGUUUGAAGUACCGUACACAAAGAUUGUGACUUACGUGCAAUUCAUCGAUUGUAAAGUCGCUUCUUGCCAUCGCGAUACAUGCAUUGGAACGCGUGCAUGAGGAUCGGUGGUUUACUCGUUAUGGAAAUGGUGUGCGUAUGGCGUAAUAUUGUUACAAUCGGGCUCAUGGAUGGAGCCGGCAAAACUCCACGAGACGAACGGAAUAAUAGAAACGAGACCAAAAAAUAUUGUGUUGAACUGAUUGGCAACUUCUGGAUUGCAGUUAUGCAUGGCAUUAUUGGCUGGCGGUGGAGAAGGGUGGAUUAUGAAACUCCUACUGUAUACUAGAGCUGUACCGAUGCAUUGAUUUAUCAAUAAAAAUCCGUUCUUAACCUGA